AUAUAUAGCCCGCAUUUUUUUUGUACUUACUUCUACAUAAUCCCUUAGACCUUAAAAGAAAGUUUCUUGCAUUUUGAUAUAGUGAUUGGUUCAAAAUGGAGCCAACAAAUUCAAGUAAUUUUCGACCUAGUAGUAUGAGGGGAAGUUUAAGGUUGAAAAACAAUUCUAAAUGGAGAAAUAAUUGUACUGUUUUUAAUCGUUCAACAAGAGAUGAAGAUGAUGAAGAAGCUCUUAAAUGGGCAGCACUUGAAAAACUCCCAACAUUUGAUCGUUUAAGAAAAGGUCUCUUGUUUGGAUUACAAGGUGCAUCUGCUGAAGUUGAUAUAAAUAAUCUUGUAUUUCAAGAAAGAAAGAAUUUACUUGAAAGGCUUGUGGAAGUUGCAGAUGAAGAUAAUGACAAGUUUUUGUUGAAACUCAAGGAAAGAACUGACAGAGUUGGGAUUGAUUUGCCAUCAACAGAAGUAAGAUAUGAGCAUCUAAAUAUUGUAGCAGAUGCAUAUGUAGGAAGUAGAGCUUUGCCUACAUUUACCAACUUCAUCACUGAUUUUAUUGAGGCAAUGUGGAACUCUCUUCAUAUUCUACCAAAUCGAAAGAGGCAACUCACUAUUCUAAAUGAUGUGAGUGGUAUCAUUAAGCCUUGUAGAUUGACUUUGCUUUUAGGACCUCCAGGUUCUGGUAAAACUACACUUUUAUUAGCUUUGGCCGGAAAGCUUGACCCUUCCCUUAAGGUUACUGGGAAAGUAACCUACAAUGGACAUGAAAUGAAUGAAUUUGUGCCACAAAGAACUGCUGCUUAUAUUAGUCAGUUUGAUUUGCACAUUGGAGAAAUGACUGUGAGAGAAACCUUAGAAUUCUCUGCCAGAUGCCAGGGAGUUGGCUCUCGUUAUGAGAUGUUGGAUGAACUGGCAAGAAGAGAGAAAGCAGCUAAUAUCAACCCAGAUCCUGAUAUUGAUAUCUUCAUGAAGGUAGCAGCAACAGAGGGACAAGAAGCCAAUUUUGUUACAGAUUAUGUUCUUAAGCUAUUGGGGCUGGACAUUUGUGCAGAUAGUAUGGUAGGAGAUGAAAUGAUAAGGGGUAUCUCAGGAGGACAAAAGAAGUGUGUGACGACAGGUGAAAUGUUUGUUGGACCGUCAAAGGCACUUUUCAUGGAUGAAAUCUCAACUGGAUUGGAUAGUUCCACGACUUAUUCCAUUGUGAAUUCUCUAAGACAUUCUGUGCAAAUCUUGAAUGGAACUACUUUGGUAUCUCUCCUGCAGCCAGCACCCGAGACCUACGACUUGUUUGAUGAUAUUAUUCUGUUAUCAGAUGGGCAAAUUGUCUAUCAGGGUCCUCGUGAAGACGUCCUUGGCUUCUUUGAGUCCAUGGGUUUCAAAUGCCCUGAUAGAAAAGGCGUGGCCGACUUCUUGCAAGAAGUGACAUCAAAGAAGGAUCAACAACAAUAUUGGGUGAGGACGGAUGAGCCUUACAGGUUUAUCACUUCAAAAGAAUUUGCUGAGCCAUCCUGCUGCUUUGGCAACUCAAAAGUACGGUAUAGGGAAGAAACAACUCUUAAAGGUCUGCACUGAAAGAGAACUCUUGUUAAUGAAGAGGAACUCAUUUGUUUACGUCUUCAGGUUCACAAAGGUGACUAAUGAGUCUUUUAAAAAAUUUAAAUUUUCAAGUCUCUGUCAUAUCAGAAGGAGAGCCUUGGCGUAACUGGUAAAGUUACUGCCAUGUGACCAGGGGGUCACGGGUUCGAGGCGUGGAAACAACCUCUUGCAAAAAUGCAGUGUAAGGCUGCAUACGAUAGACCUUGUGGUCCGGCCCUUCCCGACCCCGCACACAGCGGUAGCUUAGAGCACCGU